AUGGCGGAUCUGUUCGUCAUAUUUGACGAGGAGGGCAUCGCCGAUCGCGACCCGGAACGCACAUAUCGCACUUACAGCGAUGUUUUCGCUACGAUGUCGGAUGACAACUUCAUUGCGACCUUAGGCUUGUCUAAGGAUGCUGCUAGAGAGGUCUGCGAAGCUGUCAAGGGGGAUCUAGAGCGGCGUGCAAUUGAUGGUACCCAAGUGGCAAUACAGCAACCGAGCCUUGCUGAUCCACGCUUCGUGGAUGGAAACUACUAUUGCCAUAAGGGUGAAGAAGGUGGGAACUGGCAACCGACCGCGAACUCCAGGAUAUGCAGUAAACACUUCAUCGGCAACAAAAAGUCGGACGAAACCGACAGCCCCAGUUACAAUCCAACGAUAUUCCCUGACGUGUACAGGAAAUCCAAUGCAUCGGGCAUCGCAGAGAGGCACGAGAGGAGGAAGAGACGGAGCCGCAUAAGGUCCGACUAUGCAGACGAUGUGAAAGCUGUGCCGGAGCUUAACCUGUCUGUAUCAGGAGACCACCAAAACUCAUCGGACAGUGAAACUUCACAAAUGAACCUAAGUGAGCCUGAGCAUUCCUGUACACCUGUAGGCAUCACCUCGGCAGAGGUGGGCACCAUGACAGAAGAUGAACCACCCACAUUUGGGCCACUUGCUGCAUUUGUUACGUGCUGUGAUGGAGCAGAUGCUUCUACAUAUGUUUCCCACAAAGAGUUGAAGACGGUGGCUACAGACACACAGGAUUUGGUGAGGACGGAAGACAGUGCCUGUGGCACACCAUAUAAAGAUCCUUUCUUUGGAGGGUUCAAGUCUGUCGAUGAAGAUGAGCGUCGACUGCAUGCCCUCACAGCUGUCUCAUGCCAGGUGUUUGCAUUGCUGCUCAGCUUACUGCCAGAUGUGGCUAGGAAAACAAAUGAACUGUCACUGCACGACAAACUCUUGCUUUUUCUUGUGAAAUUGAGACAUGGUGUCCCAUUUUCGUUCCUUGCUGUUAUGUUCAGUGUUCAUCGUACAACAGCUUCUAUGAUAUUCAAGACUGUUUUGGAAUGCCUACAGGGUGCAACCCGGAAGUGGCUCUUUUGGCCAAGCAGAUUUGCAGUGCAAGCGACAAUGCCACCAAGUAUCCGUUUGCACUACCCAAGUUGCAGGGUUAUAAUUGACUGUACGGAGCUGCGAACGGAAAUGCCACCAACAGUUGAGCAGCAAAACACAUGGUACUCACUUUACAAAGGCAGCUAUACUGCAAAGUACCUUAUAGUCAUAGCACCAAACGGUCUGGUGACAUUUCUGUCAUCUGGAUUUAGAGGGAGGGCAGGGGACACUGCUAUCACAGUGGAGUCAGAGCUUUUGCCUCUCCUGCAGCAAGGAGACGAGGUGCUAGCCGACAAGGGUUUCCCUGGCAUACGGACUGGACUUGGGGACCGAAAUGUAACGCUUGUUAUGCCACCGUUUGCAAGCAGUCCACAGUUCACAGAGCUAGAGAUGGAAGCGACGUACAAAACAGCCAGCGUAAGGAUUCACGUCGAAAGAGUCAUCCAACGCCUAAAAGUCUUCGAUAUCAUCAAUCACCACAUACCAUACGAGUUGGUACAGUAUCUUGACAAAAUCAUGCAUGUAAUUUGUGUGAUUACAAAUGUGAGGCCAGGAAUAUUUAAAGAUGCAGAAGGAUGA